AGUAAUUGGACAUAUUAUUAAAAAAAAAAAAUAGUGCUGCAAAAUAACUUAAGGACCUAGAAAAUAUUGCAUUAAGAUAUAUAUAUACUUAUAGGGGAGGGAUCCGGUAAGAACCCCUCCUUAUAUAAGAACCCUAGUUAUAUAAGAACCAAUCUCAGCCGUAGGAUUAAGGUAAUUUAGACGGUUAAGAUUAAAACACGUAUUUUUCCUCAUACCCCCUACGGCCCUACCACCCGAUCAAAAUUUACUCUCUCCUCUAACUUUCUCUCUCUUCGUGCUCAUCUCAUUCUCUUUUGCAAACCCCCAAAAAUCUCCAUAGAAAUUGCAAUUUGAAGGAUUUUCGACUCAGCAAAAUGCAAGGCCAAAAUGAAGCAAAAUCAGAAGGAGGAGUUACUAAUAUACAAGAAGAAGAAAUUACUUAUGUAAGAAAAAGGAAAGUUGAAAACGUUGAAGCGGAAGUAAUUGAUAGAUCGGAAUUUGAGAAGCAUAUUGAAAGUAAAAGUGUUGCUAUAAGACAUAGAAAACUUCCAACAAGGCUUCAACCACCUCGAAAAUUGCAAAAAAAGGAAGGAAGAGAAAAAGAUCAAGAAGAAGGAAAAGAUCAAAAAGAAGAAGAGGGUAAUAAUGUAGAGGAUGAUGACAAGAAUAAUGAUAGUAAAGAUGAUGGUGAGGAUGAUAAUAAGGGUGAUGUAAAGAUGAAAGAGAAAGAUGAAAAAGAGGAGAUGGAAGAUGAUAGUGAGGAGGAACAAAAAAUCAAUAAAAAAAAUCAAACUCAGAAGAAGAAAAGAAAGAUUGAAAAAGAAGAAGAUGGUGAGGAUGUCCAAGUAGUAGAAGCUAAUGAGCAAGAUAAACUAGUUAAGAGGCAACCUUAUCAAAGAGUACCUCCUACUCAAUUCAUGAAGGAUGUGUUGAUAAAUCUUUCGGAAAAACAAAAGCAAGCUAUUCGGAACAUUGGUUUUGGAGGCUUUUUGGAAUUGGAUUUACCAAUCCAUAUUAAUUCUACGUUGACAGAAAACUUGGUUACGAAUUUUGACACGGAGAGAUGUUGUUUGAUGUUACCAAAGAGAAAACAAGAAAUCUUUUUGGAGGCAAUUGAUGUUCAUUUGGCUUAUGGGUUGCCAUUGGGAGGCAAAAGGAUUGAGCAACCAAAUGAUGAGUCAAAUCUGAAAUGGAGCAAGUUUCUAAAAGCUUGGAGAAGCAAGUUUGGCCUCAAAAAAGGAAGUCCAACCAACAAGAGAUUGAUUGACAGAAUUCAAGAAUUGAAGAAGGAAAAAUCAGUUUCUGAUGAAUUUCUUUGGAACUUUGUGGUAUGUGUUGUCAAUUGUUGCAUUCGAUCAACAAACAACCCACAACUAUACAUUAAAUUCUUGUAUAGUUGUAUGGAUGUAAAGAAAAUUGCUGAAUUGGAUUGGUGCACAUUUGUGAUUGAGCACUUGAAAGAUUCUGUAAGUGUAUGGAAGAAGGGAAAUUCUUACUUUACAGGUCCUUUACCUUUUCUAAUGGUAUUCUAUUUUGAUCGUCUACAAAGAGGAGGGUUAGAAAAACCAAGAAAAUGUCCACUAAUUUCGGUGUGGACAAAGGAAAGGAUUCAAGUGAGAUAUAAGUUUGAAAAAGAUCAUGGAUUUGGAUAUGGAAAACUCUUGGAAAGAAUGGAAUCAAUUGUGAAGGCACCAAAAGGAAAAAAGAAACAACCAAAACAAAAGGAAAAAGAGAAGAGAAUGGAAAAAUCAUCAAUAGGUUCUAGUUCUACAACUUCUCGAAAUGACAUGAUGGGCUUUUUGAGCAAAUUUGGAGAUUUGGCAAAAACACUUGCCUCGAAUGUUAAAGAGAUGUAUGGCAUGUUAGAACAAGCAAAAGAUCUUUUUGUUGAGGAAGAAACAACAGGAAAAAUGCAACAUCUCAUAGACAACAUAUGGUGCAAGUACAUAACAAAGGUAUUAUAA